AUGGGCGUAUCUGCCUUUGCCUCAGCCCUCUUGAUCGGACUACUCAGCUCCCCCGUCGAAGCAGCGAUCAAGACACCAUGGGGCGAGCCGUUCAAACCAAUUGACCCUCAAGAAUGGGUCAACCCCGAUGACAUGACCUGGGACGACUACAAAGCACCGCCGGGCACUCAAUGGAACGACCCAUCCAAGAGAGGCGCCAGCCGCAACUUCAACAUCGCUCUGAUAGCCGUAGACUACUCAGACGAGACCUUUGUCGUCACGCGAGAGCCCAACUCGACCGUCUUUGGCAAUCCCUUGCCAUUGGUGUCUGGCAUCGAGAGAGAAGAUGUGCUGGCCUACUAUCGCGACCUGCUCAACAAGCCCAGCGAUCUCAACCGCGGCCACACACUGCACGAGUACUGGAUGGGCGAUUCACACGGCCGAUACGGCGUCGACUUGACAUCCUUUGGGCCGUAUCGCAUGCCCCGUCUGUCGUACGCAUACGGCAUAGACAGUGGCUUCAAUCCCGGAGCGUGUCCUGUGGAUGGCGCCUGUGAUCAAGACAUCCGAACGGAUGCCUAUGCGGCAUGGCGUGCUGAAGUGGGCAACGACACCAGCAACUCCUUUGAGCUGGUGUUUAUCCUCUCCGCGGGACAAGACGAGUCGUCUACGUGGCAAGAGUUUGGCGAGAUGAGGUUCUCGUCUCCUGAAGACGUCCCCGCAGAGUUUGGACCUCCUCAGAGUGCCAACGGUACGGCGCUGCCAAAUUACGCAUCGACGAGAUAUGUCCCCUGGACAUCGUGGGCGUCGGCAUCGACCAUCUGGCCGAACGCGGGCGGCGGUUCGUCGACGCAGUGCGAGAGUUCUGGUAUGGGCACGUAUGCCCACGAGCUGAGCCACUUGCUCAACAUUGGCGACAACUACAACAACCCGUCCGGCAUCCCGCUGCGACGAGACUACACCGGCCCGUACUCGAUGAUGUCCCGCGGGUCGUUUAACGGUCCCGGCGGUCCGCACACGCGAUACCAGAUUCCAGCGCUUCAGGGAGGCUCUUUGGGAUCGUUGCAUACGGUUCGAGAUAAGCUCGUGCUCGGGCUCAUCUCCAACGACAGCAUAGUCCGGAUAUCGAGAGAUGCUCUGGCGGAAUCUGGCCCGGUCGUGGCUACGAUCACGGCGCGAUCUGUCGUGUCCGACCUCAUCGGGCUGAGAGUUGACAUGGACCAAGAUCUGUCACCGGCGUGCAAUAUUUCUACUGACGUGUUCUGUGACGGAGGCCGUUACAACAUGUACGACCUCGAAGUGAUUGAUCGCAUGGGUGCCGAUUCAUUCCAGCCCGAUUCAGGCGUCAUGAUCAGCAAGUCCAAGACCAGCAACAGCCAGCCCUUCCAGUGGACCAUCGACGCCAAUCCCGAAGACAUCGAACUCAUCGACUUCAUUCGACCGAAUGGAACCGCCGCCAUGAUCACCCUGGGCGACUAUCGCCAACUGGCCGACGCAUUGUUCCACGCCGGCACCGACUCGGGGAGCAAGUACGAGUACGUCGACGAGGCAAACGGCCUUCACUUUUACAUCCUCGACGUCCACCGUGACGACGUCGGCGUGCUCUCUUACACCGUCGGGGCGCGAUCCCUGACCGACAACAGCACAAGCGAGUACGGCAUCGAACUGACGUCUGGAGUCCCCUUUACCUUUGGAGAAGCCACCACGCCAACCACCGGCGGCAUCUUUUGCGAAUUCGAACUCACAAACAACGGCACGUACGCCGGCUCGAGUGAUGGCCACGCGCAAGUCCAGGCAGAGCACCUCGAGUGGGAGAUUUUCCGCUUGGAGGCCGAGGUCGAGGGCGCUGGAUGGGAGGCCGCGCUGCCGAAUGCUGUGGUUCCUGUGAGGUAUGGGGAGACGGCGAAGGCGUACGUGGCGGUUGGCGCGGAGGGUGAUGCGGAGGAUGGGAUGGGGGUCGUGACGCUGAGGGCGACGUCGGAGUCUGAUCCGAGGGUUGUGGCGACGGCGAGUUGUGAGGUGAAGAAGAGUACGUGUGGCUGA